GUGACAGGUUCUUCUCUAGUAACAGUAAGGAGAAGUCCCUUGACUUUUCAAUAUCCUAUAAAAUAGACCACAAAGUAAGGGUGAACAUCACAGUUGACUAAAUGAGAACAUGAUAAAGGUACGUGCUUGUUGCUAUAUUUACCUGUGCAUUUUAGUAGCUCUUCCAUCAGUGAAACUGAAUGACAACGAUCAAGCAGCUAAUAAGGACACUCUGUGCACUUCUUGCUCCUUGAGGCAGAACAGCAAGUCUACAAGACUAGAAGUUAUAAAGUUCCAGAUACUUAGCAAGCUUCGCUUGGAACAGGCACCUAACAUCACCAAGGAAGUUAUAAGACAAAUGUUACCAAAAGCUCCACCUAUGCAAGACAUGAUUGACCAGUAUGAUGUUCAAAGAGAUGCAAACAGUGAGGGGUCCUUGGAAGAUGAUGAUUAUCAUGCCACCCCUGAAACAUUUAUAAUAAUGCCAACAGAAAAUGAUUUGGACUAUGAAUCAUUAAAAUCUAAAAAAUGCUGUUAUUUCAAACUGAACUCUAAAAUUCAGUCAACUAAAAUAUCCAAGGCACAAUUAUGGAUACAUCUAAAGCCUGUCCAAAUGCCUGCAACAGUUGUGGUGCAAAUCCUGAGACUCAUUAAACCUUUGAAAGAUGGUACAAGACACAUUGGAAUUCGAACAUUAAAACUUGACAUGAAUCCAGGACCUGGAACUUGGCAAAGCUUUGAUGUGAAAACUGUUCUACAAAACUGGCUGAAGCAACCUGAAACCAACUUAGGCAUUGAAAUUAAAGCAUUUGAAGGAAAUGGAGAAAACCUUGUCAUUACCAACAAUGAAAACGGCCUGAAUCCAUUUCUGGAGGUCAAGGUUAUAGACAUGCCGAAAAGGUUAAGAAGAAACGCUGCCAAUGACUGUGAUGAGCAUUCAUCUGAAACAAUGUGUUGUCGCUACCCAUUAACAGUAGAUUUUGAGGCUUUUGGAUGGGAUUGGGUGAUUGCACCCAAGAAAUAUAAGGCCAACUUAUGUUCUGGAGAAUGUGGUAUUGAAUACCUGCAAAAGUACCCCCAUAGCCAUGUUGUUAACCAGGCGAACCCAAAAGGGCCCACAGGGCCAUGCUGUUCCCCAGCCAAAAUGUCUUCUAUUAAUAUACUUUAUUUUAAUGAUGAUGCAGAAGUAAUUCAAGGAAAAAUUCCAGCUAUGGUAGUAGAUCGUUGUGGGUGCAUAUGAGCAUUCCUUUAUGGCAUCUUCUAAUGUAUGAAUCUUCAUGGAAAGCUACCAUCAGAGACAGUAAUAAUAUAUAUAGAUUAUUUCUCUAGCUUCCAAAUUUAUUUCUGAGCCUUUGUGAGCAAAUCCUAAGGCUCACUGAAUGCAAACAGGAAAUAAUAAUAUGUAAGUUAAACACAUGAUUCCUUUCAGAGAGAUUACACAUUUUCAAUUAAAGCGUAUCUAAACCCACGGACAAAAAUUGUAUUUAUUGCA